CAGACAAGGCACGGGUGGUGGGUCACCAAAGGCUGACCUUACCCCAGCAGAGGACAUGGCCUUGGAGCUAAAUAAAGGCAGGCCCGUCUUAGAGGGGAUCCCUGGGGGGAAAGAGACGAGCAUAGGUUCCUCCCAAGAUGCCACCCGCUUCAUUCAAGUGUCUGGCAGCACUGUGUUCCUGUUAGAGCCACCAGCACAAGCACCAGACGAUGCUGAUCCAGGUGAAAGCCCCAGUGCAGCAGCAACAGCACAUGAUGGAGACGAUGAUGAGGAGGAGACCAUCUCUGUGGAUUCCAGAAGGCAUGAGGACCCAGAUGCUAUACAGUGGGAAAACCAGCCUGGCAACAUAGUGCGUAUUAAUAAAAGGACACCACAUCCUGCCAAAUUCCAGCUGCGCUAAUUGUAUUGUGUUCACAGAGCUCACAAGCUAUCAGAAAGUUGUAUGGCAACCACCUCCGGUGCCAAAUAGAACUGGCAGACAUAGACAUUCAGUACAAGAAGAAAAAGAUAGAAAAUCUUGCACUGGAGUCCGAAAUAAAAAAAAGAGGACAAUUAGGAAACUGGACCUUGAAAUAAAAAGAACUUGAGAGGGAGCUGAGAUAUGCCUUCAAUGUACACUGUAUGCUAACUGUAACACAAAUGUAUUAAUCAUUAUUUUUCUUUCCUCCCCCAGCUCCAAGAAGAUGACACAGCUCAAAAUAAAAAUUAGGUAUAUUCUCGUAAAGUCAAGUGAGCCAUGACAUAUGAGCUCUUAUUGUGAGCACACAGGACGGAGGCAUCUUUCUAAGCACCAGGUGUGGCCACUAGCCUAUAUGAAGGCCCAAAAUUGUGUGUUCCUUUCUGCUCUGACAAUGGCAUGCCCAUUCUUGCGAGAUGUGGUGGAUGAAGAAGCACUUGUGCUGAGGAGAGCCUUCAGGCGAGAAAGGGUCUUCAGGGACCGGUUGGACCCACUGGACUUCCCUGAUGACCAUCUAUAUGAAAGAUACAGGUUUUCUGCAGAUGGCAUCCGGUAUCUAUGCAGACUACUGGGUCCCAGGAUUAAGCACUGCACUGCACGGAGCCAUGCACUGAGUGUGGAGCAAAUGGUUUGUGUGGCCUUGCGCUUUUUUGCUAGUGGAGCCUUCCUGUACUCAGUGGGGGAUGCAGAACAGCUGAACAAGGCCACAAUUUGCCGCACAAUAAGGAGUGUGUGUCUGGCUAUCAAAGCAUUAGCAGAUGUCUUCAUCUCCUUCCCUGGCCACAGAAGACUCUGUGACAUGAAAGAGGAGUUCUAUAGGAUUGCAGGUUUCCCCAAUGUCAUUGGUGCAGUGGACUGCACACACAUAAGGAUAAAAGCCCCCUCAGGUGCCCAUGAGGCCGAUUUUGUGAAUAGGAAAUCCUUUCACAGCAUUAAUGUUCAGAUGGUCUGCAAUGCUGACUGUGUGAUCAGCAAUGUUGUGGCAAAAUGGCCUGGCUCAGUCCAUGACUCCAGAAUCUUUCGGGCCUCUGAAAUCUAUCAGUGCCUAUCACAAGGUGAAUUCUCUGGUGUGUUGCUGGGAGACAGGGGGUAUGGCUGCCAGCCUUUUCUCCUGACACCUUUCACAGACCCCCAGGAAGCACAGCAGGCCUACAACCAUGCCCAUGCCAGGACCAGGGCCAGAGUUGAAAUGACCUUUGGCCUCCUGAAGGCACGCUUUCACUGCCUUCACAAAUUAAGGGUCAACCCUGUUAGGGCAUGUGAUAUUACUGUGGCUUGUGCUGUCCUCCACAAUGUGGCCUGCCUGAGGAAGGAGAGGGCCCCCAGAGUGCCACCAGCCAUGGACUGGGACAAUCCGGCAAUCUUCCCUGAUGACGACAGUGGUCGGCUGCUGAGGGACCAAUAUGUGUUGAAUUAUUUUAGUUAGUAUGUGUGCUUUCAAUUUAGGUAAAAAAUGUCCUGCUGUGGCAGAGGAAAUAGGGUUUUUUUUGGGUUGGUUUUUUUUACGAAUUUGGCCUCUUAUGAUGUUUGUGCGGUAUACUGUGUGUAAUACAAGGCUGCAGGGAGGCUACUGCAUCCAUUCAUUUGUCUGUUCAGUUGAUGUGUAUCGAUUUGUCCUGCAUUUAUUUUAGUGUGCAGACAUGCAGGGUGUGUUAUAUACAGACCUUUUGAAUGUGUAUGUAUCAUUUUGUAUAAUAUGCUUUGAUUCUGUGCUUUCCAUCUUGUAGAGUCACUGUGACUUCAGUUUCGAAAGGAGCUGAUAGUUUACCUGCUUUUUGUCCUUAUUCAAUAAAGGAACAUAAUGUUA